AUGGGUAUCUACUCGUUAACCACGUGUCUCCUCUCAUCCACAGUCUUCCUCAAAGCCCUUGCCGCGCCUGCCAAUGCCGGCCCAACGGUCAUCGUCGCCUCCGGCAUCGUGAUAGGCACCACCGCCCAGCCAGCAUCAGCAACGGGAUACGCCAAUGCGUACAUGGGAAUCCCGUUCGCCAAGUCUCCGCCAGAAAGAUUCUCUCCUCCCCAGGCCGCGGAUGCCUGGUCCUCUCCGCUGUCGGCUCAGGCUUUCAAGCCCGCAUGCAUCCAGCAGUUCACCAACCAGGGGAGCUCCCAAACGCUGCAAAAGGCCUAUUUCGGAAAUCCGACUGGACCUCUUACGAGUGAGAGUGAAGACUGCUUGUACCUCAACGUCUUUACUCCUCCGACUGCAACGGCGAGCAGCAAAAAGGCUGUGAUGUUUUGGCUGCACGGUGGUGACCUCCAGUUCGGGACCGCCAGUCUGCCAAUCUACGAUGGAAGCUCGCUUGCCAUCACCCAAGAUGUCGUGGUGGUCACAAUCAAUUACCGUACCAACAUCUUUGGCUUCUCCAACUCCCCCGAGAUUGCAACUGGUUCCCAAAACUCUGGAUAUCUUGACCAGCGCUUCGCUCUUCAGUGGGUACAGGACAACAUCGUCAAGUUCGGCGGCGACCCCUCGCGCGUGACCAUCUUCGGCGAGUCUGCUGGCGGAGAAUCCGUUAAGCAGCUCCUCGCAAACCCACCGAGCCCGCUGCCCUUCUCAGCCGCCAUUUUGGAGUCACAACAAGCCCUUCUCCUGGGUUCCGGGUCCGACAGCUACUCCAAAGUCCUGAAAAACUUCAACUGCACCGAUAUCAAGUGUCUUCGUCAGGUCUCGGCCACGGAUAUCAAGGCAUUCAUCGAGGCACAGGCACUCGUGUUCCCUCCCGUAAACGGCGAUGGCACGUCCAUCGGCGAUGUCCGAAGCAGCAUCUCCUCCAAGAAGUGGCCCAAGAUUCCCGUCAUCAUGGGUACCAACCUCAACGAGGCUCGUGUCUUCCUCGCCGUCGAGGGCAUAAGCGACGGAACCACAGCCUUGAACGCAGCGCUGUCUCAAAUCGGCAUCACCUCCGCCCUCACAAAGAACUCCAUCCUGGCCUCCUACGCCGCCAAGGCCCUCAACGACCCCUACAUCAUUGCCGACAGGAUCAUCACCGACGCCGUCUUCACCUGCACGACGUCCAGCCUGGCAAACUACCUGGCCGUCAACGGCUACACCGCCUACCGCUACCGCUACGACCCCGUCUUCGCCUCGACCAGCAUCUUCGCCAACGCGGGUUCCUACCACACGAGCGAAAUCCCGUCCGUCUUCGGCACCUACCCCGCGUACAGCAAGUGGGGUGCCGCGACGGCGCAGCAGAUCAAGCUGAGCUCCUACAUGCAGGGCGUCUGGGGCGGCUUCGCCAAGAACCCCAGCGGCGGCGUGGGAUGGCCCAAGAUUGGGAGCGCUCUCGGGUUUGAGCUGGGGCUGUUGGGCUCUGGAUCGUCUAGUGGUGUGACGGUGGUGCCGACGCUGGCGGCCGACUACCCCUGUUUUCUUUACGCGGGCAUUGAAGAUGCUCUCGGCCUUUCUUAUUAG